UUAGAUGAAUUGCAAAUAUGUCUAAUGCGAAAAUAUUUUCAAGAAUCGAUAAAUUUUCUAUUAAAUCGGAAAAUAAAUCCAUUUUACUUUAUUUAUUAUUUCAAAUUGACUUAAUAUUCAUCGAAUAUAAAAAUUAUAAUAUUAGUCACAAAAUAUUUUCUUUUUCUUCUUUCUUUUUUUUUUUUUUUUUUUUUAUUCUAUUAAUAUAAUGAAUCAUAUUAAAUCACUUGUAUCUUGAAACUAUUCUCAAUUGCUAGCAGAUGGCGUUUUUCUUACGAUAGCCAUCUGUCAAAAAUAACUGUUUAUCUUUUUCACUUGCGAGUACAAAGUACAAAGAAGAUGCACUAGUUUAUAAAUUCAAAAGAUCUAUUGUAUAUACAUUUAUAUAUAAAUAUAUGUAUUUAUAUAAUAUCGAAUAUAUCAAUAAUGUUAAAAUUUCGUAUUAUACAUUCUCAUAGAUUUUUAUCCAAUUUUUGAUUAUUUUCAUUGAUAAAUAUAGUGUACUUAUGUAAAAAAGUUUUUAUCAAGAUUUGGUGUAUUGUUAUUUAAUCCAAGUAUAAUUGUAAAUAAAAUAAUGGCAUUUUCAUUUCAUAUCGGCACUAAGUGGUAUCACAAUUUUCCAAAACUUGCCAAAGAAUCAGGCUUUCAUUUCAAUACACAUAAAUCUAGAAUUCAUAUAGAUUGGAAUCACAUAGAUUCUAUUGACAUAGACAGGGUGAUAAUUGAAAGAGACUUUAUAAUUGUAGAUGAAAAUAUUAAUAAUGUAAUAAAUUAUAACUUGAAAAAUGAAUACGAUUUAAAAAUAUUAGAUUCAAACUUUGUAAAAGUUUUUCGUCUUGCACAAUUAGCAGUCGAAUAUUUGCUUUAUUGUAAACAGUAUUUAGAUCAAAGUGUAAUAAUAUUAAAGGACGAAUUGAAAUUAAAAAUUGAAGACAAUCAUAAACUUAGAAAAGAAAUUACGGCAUUGGAAGAAAUAAUAAAGAAUUUAAAAGAUAAGGCUAAAGAAAGGAAUAGAAUGAUUGAAACAAAAAUUGGAGAUUCUAAUGGUGAAAUACAUAAAUGUCCACAUUGUCCAAAAUCAUUUAUUUCUAUUACAUUUGUUAAAGCUCAUAUAGCUCGCCGUCAUCCAUAUACGACUGAUUUAUCUACAGAAAUAUCACCUGUACAUGAACAUUAUAAAAUUGAAACUGAAAAAUUACAUAAUGAGAUAAAAUUGUUAAAGGAAAGACUUAAUCAAACUGAGAAAGUUAUAAAAAAUGAAUCUGAUAAAAUAUCAAAUGGUGUUAAAAUAGACAAUAAGGAUAAAGAAAAUGAAAGCGAAAAUGAUGAUAUUAGAUAUAAUGUAAAUAAAUAUGAAUUAAUUGAAAGACAACAAAUAAAAAAUAAUGAAGAAAUUAAUGAUUUGAAAAGUUUACUUUUAACUGAAAUCAAUAAUUUGAGGCAUAGAAAUGAGAGUCCUUAUAAAAUACAUGAUAAUGUACCUGAGAUUAAUGUUAAGUUAUUAAUAAGUCAACAAGAAAGAGAAAUAGAGAGAUUAAGAAAUCAACUUCUUGAAAAGCUUACUCCUGAUAUAGAAAAAAUGCAUGAUAAACUUAGAAUGCAAGAGGAUCAUUGGAAAUCCAAAAUACAGCAAAUGGAACAUCAGCAUCGUAUAGAUAUAGAAAAAAUAACUUCAGAAUUAAAAUUGACACAACAGGCAGCUGAAUUUAUAAAAACUGAAUAUGAAUUUAAAGUUAAUGCCCUAGAAAAACAAUCUAAAGAUCAAUCAAGUAUUUUAAUAGAACAAAGUAAACAGCUAAGUUCAUUGUCUCAUGGUUUACAAAAUUCACAAAUACAAACGGAUUUAAAUAAAUAUUUUAAUAAUAUAAAGACAAAAAAUAUUAUCACACCAAUGAUAAAAGAUGAUAAAACCACACAUUUUCAAAAUACGGAAAUUGCCGAAAAUGGGGAUGGAGACAAAAUUCGUAUUGAAAAUACGAAUAGUAUGUUAAAACAGAAGUCCAGAGAUGAAUCAGUAUUGUUAGUACCAAAAAUUUCACAAAAUUAUAAUGAAACUAAACAUCCUGAUAAAGUAUUAAAUAGUGUUGAUUAUAAUGCACAAGAGAAAAGAUUGAAAGAGCAAUUUAAAUCUACGGAUAAAACUUCUAAAAAAUUUGAAAGUUUUGAUGUAGUUAAGGUAUCUGAAAUAAAAAAUGAAAAUCAGAUAAAUCAUAAAUCAAAACUUGUACAAAAACAUUCCAAAAAUCCUUUCAUUAAGAUACAUUCAAAUAGAGAAAGUUUUCCAAGUAUUUUAAAUGACAAGAAUGAAUCCACAGAGUCAAAUUCAGAAAAUGUUGAUUCUAAAAUAAGUAAAAUUAAUGUAGAAAAUCAUAAAAUAUCAAAAAAUUUUCUUGAUGUUGAAGUCGGCAUAAAUUCUGUAACAUCAAGUUAUACUACAACAGAAUCAGAAACAGGAAGUGAUUCUGAAGUUGUCAGUGUUAAAAAAAACAAUGUAUUGUCAAAUAAAAAUGAAGUAAUAUCUUCUUUACUUAAAUCUACAGAGACCUCUCAAAAUAAUAGUUUCUUUCCUGAAAAAUUAAAAAAGGAUAUACUAGAAACAUUCCAGAAAAAAUUACGUGAUUUAGGAAUAGAUCCAGAAUGGAAUGAAAUACCUCAAAUAUCGUAUAAACAAAAAAUGAAGAUUAUUCGACAUCAUCAAAGUAUAUAUUCUAAGAAAUUUCUUAAAUAUAAUGAAGUAAAACAUAACAUACUUAAAGAAGUUCUUCAUAGAAUUUCUAUUAAAAAUAGUACAUCACAUCAAUCUAAAUCAGUUAAAAGAUCACCAUUAGAUAAACUUGUAACUAAUGUAAAAUCUAAAGCUAUGAAAACUUUUAGCAUACCAAAAAGCUCUUAUAUAUCACCAAAAAAAUUCAAAACGAAUUUAGAAGAUGAAGAAUUAAAAAGUUUAAAUGCACAUGAUACAUAUAAAAUUCCAAGAAAGCCUUCAAUUGUACCAAAAGAAAAUGAGUACAUAUCAAAAAAUGUUGAUGAAAAAGAAAACAAUGAAAUUAAUGAAAAUGAUACGUUUCCAAAGUUUCUAAAUUCACAGAAACGUUCAAAUUCUAUGUUAGAUUUGCAUACAAAUGACAAAAAUCAAACACAAGAAACUUCUUCAAACAUAAUACAAUUUAUGAAUGGGGAACUUCGGAAGACAUCUACUCCAAAGCAAAAUGACUCAAUUAGUUUGUUGAAACGACAAGAAGUAACACAAAGUUUUAUUAUUUCACCAAAACAUAAUAAAGGUUCUUUAAAAUCUACAACAUUUACAGUAGGUAAUUCAAUAAAAAAGAAAGUACUUUUUAAUCUAAAGGAUAAGAAAGACAAUGAAUUAUCGUCUUCAUCUCAACAGACAGAACUAAAUGAUAGUGAUUGGAAUAUUUCAAGUAUUUCUGAUGAAAAAACACAGCUUCAAAAACGGAAGUCUCCUAGUUCUGAUAAUAUUGUAUUAAAGACUACACAAGCUGAAAAAAUAGCAGAAAUUUCAAAAAAAAUAGAAAAGCAGCUACUUAUAUCUCGAAAAAAACCUAUAGGAUCUAUUGAAGCAAUGUUUCCUUCGGCUUCUAUUUUUGAAAAUAAUAAAAAGGACGAGACUCAAGAUAAUAAAAGUGCACAAUAUCCUUAUUUAAGUUCGAUUAGUAUUAGUACUUCAAGUUUAGAAAAUUUGAGUCCAAAAUUGGCAGUAAAUUCUAAAGUUAAUGGUAUAAAAUUUCCAUUGCCAACACCGAGAAAUUUACAAAAGAAAGAAUUUAAUUCUAUUGAAUCACAAAAGACAUUACCCAUUACUAAUGAUACUAACCUAGAAGCGGAUAUAGAUGAUAUUUUACAAACGGAAUGAAAACAUUAUUGUAUGAUACAUUCAGUUAGUUAAUAUUAUAGCCUGUAUUAUUUUGAUUUAUUAUUUAUUAAUGACUCAUAAAAUAUUAAUUAUUAUUUCUAUAUUCAACAAAUCAAAACAAUUGUAAAUGUUAUA